AUGAAGAGACCGAAAUUGUCUUGCGCAUUGACGGGGCUGUGCUUCGUGCUGGGGGGGCUCGCCCAGGGCCCCAUGAUCGGGCCCUGCAGCGCCCCCAACACGACUGAGAACUUCAACGACGCCUACAUUAGGCGGGGCGGUCUGCUCAGCACACAGGAGAGUACCGCGCAGGCUCACGCUGUCUCUGCCCCAGCCACCUUAACGCUGCACUCCCUCCCCGAUGGAGCAUUUGGAGGCGGGUCCGGCGCUGUAACGUUCAGUGUUAUAAAGGCCGAGCGUGGAGUUCUUGAAUUGAUCUCCUGCAUCAGUGAGGGCCUUCUGCACAGAGAGCAUCGGCAAGUUCUGAUCUCCACGACGUUGCUCCGCUCAAUGAUGACCGCUGGUCUCAGUUUGCACUCAGCGGCCGGGGAUCCACUGAACCUGAAUGUGGGGCUCCGUGAGGUUUUACGAUCAGGUAGUGGGGCUACAGCGAGUCCACGACAAUGUAUUUUACUACGUUUUUCUUAG